GACUCCGCCCCCUCGCUCCCGGAAGUAGAAGGGCCUGACGUUUCCAUGGCGGCUUCCCUGGGGCAGGUGCUUGCCCUGGUGCUGGUGGCCGCACUGUGGGGUGGCACGCAGCCGCUGCUGAAGCGUGCCUCCUCCGGCCUGCAGCAGGUGCAGGAGCAGACAUGGGCCCGGCAGCUGUUGCAGGAGAUGAAGACUCUCUUCCUGAAUACCGAGUACCUGAUGCCCUUUCUCCUCAAUCAGAGUGGCUCCCUUGUCUACUACUUGACCUUGGCCUCAGCAGAUCUGACUUUAGCUGUGCCCAUCUGUAACUCUCUGGCCAUCGUCUUCACAAUGAUUGUUGGGAGGAUCCUCGGAGAAGAUAUUGGUGGAAAACAAGCAGUGGCCGGCAUGGUGCUCACCAUCACAGGGAUCACGCUUUGCAUCACAAGCUCGGUGACCAAGACCCAGGGCCAACUGUCGGCCUCUUGAGCAGGCCAACCUGUCCUGCAUCUCUGCCGUGCUCGGCUGACUCUGCGCACUGAGGUACAGGUAGAGUGAGACAUUGGCUUAACUGUCUCCUCUCCUGGACCACAUCUACCUCAGGGGUGAACAGCACUGUCCAGAGUUCAGGACAACCAAGGCUACACAGAAGAGCCCUGCCUCAAAAAAGCAAGCAAGCAAGCAAACAAAGCAAUAACUCUGGGAAGGUUGUGUAAUCUUGGGUGGGUUCAGCUGUUGAGAUUUAGCUGGCCAUAGUGGCCCAUGCCCUUAAUCCCAGCACUUGGGAGGCAGAGGCAGGUGGAUCUCUGAGUUCAAGGCCAGCCUGGGCUAUAGAGUGAGUUCCAGGACAGCCAAGGCUACACAGAAACCCUGUGUAGCCAAAGGAAAACCAAAGGAAAAAAGGGGGCUAGCACUGGAGACUACACACACCCUUAACAGCCUCUGCCCCAGCAGCCAUCUUGUCUUCCUGCUGCCAACUCAGGCAGCUGUUACCUGGCCUCUAUCACCUGACCUGCUGGCCUGCUCUAGACUACGGAAUCUGCAGAGCCUCAGCCACAUGGAAAGGGCUGGCUGCAGUCUCUGAACCAGGAAUGUCUGGCAGACUCCAAAGCUCCGUUACAGUGCCUUGGCUGGCUGA